ACUUUCCCCCAAAGACAUUAACAUCUCUACGACUACAUCAUCACACACACAGACCCUCAAGCGGCAAAGCAGAGCAACACCGAACUCCUCAAAAAUAAAUAAACAAACAAAAAUGGCGGUGGCUCACGGUGGAUGCGGCGGUGAAAUCGGUGGCGUCAGUUCCAACCUAAUCCCAUCAGUAAAAGCAGAGUUAUUCGACGACAGUGCCGGUUCAACUUCACCUUGUUACGACGACGUUUUAAGCGAAAGAAAAGACUCGGUAGUGACCGAAGAAGAAGGUGCUACAGCCUCUCACGCUAUUCACAUCAAAGAAGAGGUUGCUGAAGACGACGGUGCUAACACUUCGUCUUCGAUGGAGUUCCCGAAACCAAUGGCCGGGUUGCAUGAGGUUGGUCCACCGCCGUUUCUUAAGAAGACGUAUGAAAUGGUGGAGGAUCCCGAAACUGAUCCGAUUGUUUCGUGGAGCGGUUCUCGUGAUAGUUUCAUUGUUUGGGAUUAUCAUGAAUUCUCCAAAGUUCUUCUUCCUAAGUAUUUUAAGCACAAUAAUUUCUCUAGCUUCAUUCGCCAGCUCAAUACCUAUGGGUUUAGGAAGAUUGAUUCAGACCGUUGGGAGUUUGCGAAUGAAGGAUUUCAAGGAGGGAAGAAGCAUUUGUUGAAGACCAUAAGAAGGAGAAGUAAGUACAACAAGCUACAUCAAGGAGGAUUCAAUUUGAUGACACCUGGUGUUGAAUCUGAAGUGGAGAAACUGAAAAAGGAUCAGAACAUGUUAAAAUUGGAAAUUCUGAGGCUAAGGCAGCAACAAGAGAAUUCAAAUAUUCAGCUCACAAAUGUUAAUGAGCGAGUUCGUCGUGCCGAGAUGAAGCAAUAUCAGAUGAUAUAUUUCCUCACCAAAAUGGCUAGAAAGCCGGUGUUUAUGGAUCAGUUAAUUCAAAAGAUGAAGCGGAAAAAAGAGGUUGAUGGUAGUAUAGAUAUGGUUAAAAGGCCUAGAUUACUUGGAACACAAGGUAUUGGUGUUGAUUAUAGGUCUCAAGGUGGUGAACAGUUUGCUACUUUGCAAACUGAUUUGAAUGGACUUUUUACUGAAAAUGUGAACAUGAACAUUGGUAGAAUGGAAGCACCGGUUUCGGAUCCAUUGCAGAAUGGAUUUGCUAGCUCUUUACAUGAAAUGAGGGCUUGUGGCGAUUCUAGACAAAAUGUACAAGAUGUUUCUUCUGCUUAUCAAGAUAUGUCAGAGAAACUAUUGAGUGAAAAUUCUGUUGUUGAUGAAGAAAUGGAUGUGAAUGACUCUAAUAUCUAUCUUGAGUUAGAGGAUUUGAUUAGUAAACCUGUGGAUUGGGGUGGAUCUGCUAAUGGUUUGAUUGGACAAACUAGUUGAAUGUUUUCAAAUGGUUCAACUUGGGUCGAACCUUACUUUAGUGUUCUUAUAGUUUACUUGCUUGAAGUCAUAUAUAUUAGCAUGUUUUUAGGUGGCUAAACAAACUUCUUAUAAUGUGUAGUGAUUGUAAAUAGUGUGUAAGUUGUAAAUGUAAUGUACAGUAAUGGUAACUAGUGUGAGUUGUAAAUGUAAUAUAGAAAAAUAUAUACUUUGCAGUUUCUGUUU